AUGAAGAGGGUAUUAAUUGAUAUGAAGCCGAAUAACACUGUGAAACGGCCGCUGUUAAGCACGUCAACAAAGAAUUCAACUGUCUCUGAGGUUCAUUUAGAGAGUUCUAGACUGUAUAAUGGUGCGAACAAUACUGAAUCUUCCAACGCAAUUGACUGGAAAAGGUUAUAUGAUCUUGUGGAUAAUAAAAGUCAAGAUUUUGAGAACUACAUUCAUGUUAAUGAUAGCUUUAUACAAUUAUACCGCCAGUUAAUAUGGCGUCAUCAAUCGAAGAAACUGAAGGAACUUCCGAAAAAACAUAUGAGCUGGAUUAUACGUUUGAUGGAUAUUGGUAAAUUGACGCAGGCGAGUAACCAAAUUUUGACCUUGUAUAAUGAAACCAACUUGAUACAGGCAGAUAAUUUGCACGAUAUUUUAUUAAGCGAUUUUGGACCAAGUAAUGAACACUACUUAGCAACUCUCAAAAUUCUCACAAUGCAACUUAUACUAAAGACACAUACGACAGAAAGAUAUGCGGAAUCUUUACUUGAACUCUUUGCGCACGACUCUCAUUAUUUACUCCGAGAUUCUCACAUCAAGACGAAUGCCAUAGUUAAGUUAAUAUUGAAUUUCUUCACUCUCUUACCACAAUACAAGCCGUUAUUCGCUCUCAAAUUCAUUCAAUAUAUGAGCGAGUUUGAACUCGACUUUGAAGCCUACAUAAAGAAUAUGGACUUUGAGACCUUCCAGAAACAGAUUCCAAAGUUGCUUCGGAAAGAAAAUUCAAGUAACUGUGUGAUUUACUUAAACAAAUACUACAAUGACUACCUAACGAAAGCUACCAAAAGCAGGAGAAGAAAUAUGGAAAGUUUAAAUUUGAGAGAAUACUUAACUGGUCAAUCUGUGGAUAAGCGCUUAUUCGAUGACAUUACGAAGGAGUUACGAUCCUCCAAACUUCAGAAAGGUAACAUAGACACUAUACUUCGACCCCUACUAUAUCACCCAGCAUUAAGCAAAGAAACAACACGAACUUGCGAUAAUAUCAUACUAUUUAUGAAUAAAUCCAUAAGAGAACUACACGAAGAUGUGUUACUCUAUACCUUAACAUAUCUAUUCAAGAUUUUCCUUCUUUCAAAUGACCUUAAGAGGUGCGAUAAUGUUUCUGCUGUCAUGUAUAACUGCUUUGUGAUUAAGAAAAAACUUUUCUUCUUGGAGCGGGCAUCAGUAUCAAACUACAAACUGUAUCUAAAGACCAACGAUAUCGUAUCCUACUCCAAGAAAUUUGAAAGAUUGAUUGGUUGCUGUUCGGAUAAGAGCACCCAAAAAUCGAUUUUCGCCUAUUGUUGCAAUAUUUUUAUGACCUUCCAACAAGAUGAUUUAAAUAGUAUAUGGACGCUUACAAGGAAGUAUAUGUUUAACUGUUUUAGAAGGUUGAAAUUGGAGAAAUUUGAAAUAUUCAGGUUUUCUUCAGAGCCCAUUUUAUGCUUUCUCUACUCAGGCUCAAAUAUUUCUAAUGAAUUUAAAUGGUCCCCACUUUGCCGAUCAUUAAAUGCUAUCCUUACGAAUAAUUACGAGGAAAACAUUGAACUUGACUUCAAAGUUAACGCCUUGGAUUCAUUGGCAAAAUACGAGGUUUUAAUCAAAUCGAUUUAUUGCUUGAAUUACGAGAUGAAGAAAAACAGCUGUUUGUACUUACGGAAAAUAUUUGAGAUUGUAUUGGAGAAAUGGAUCAAUCCAAAGAAUAGCUUUAAUAAAGACGAAGAACUUUCGGAUUUAGAGAUCACAUUUUUCGAUACCUUAAUACCUUAUCUUCACCAGAAUAAGAUCUUUAAACUAAGCACUAAACUGUGUCUUAGCUUGUUAUCUUUACCAAGAUACAAUGGGAUAUCCGGCCGUGUCAAGUUCUGGUUAUUAGAAUCUUAUAUUGGAUUACAGCUCAACUCAUCAGUAAUUGCAACAAUUAAACAAUAUUUCGAUCCUUUGGAGGAAAUGAUAACUUCAUUGAAGGAUAUGAGCAUUCACGAUAUUUAUGUACCACUGUGUGCUGUGCUUUCCAUACUAUCAUGGAAAAAGGAUUCCAAACUAUUCAAUAAUCUAAUAAACGAUGUGUUAAAGACAUCGAAACCACAGUUAUUCGAUAUCCAGAAUAAAUCCAAGAUGAACAUCUCAGAUUAUCUGAAAGUGUUAAUGUUGAACAUUAAACUAACUCAUUGUGCAUCUCAAAUUCAAUUUUAUGAAAAGAAUGUUUACGCUUCUUUAAAGGAAUUGAAACGCUCGUUGAAAAUUUGCAGACUAUUAAUCGGAAAAGAGACUGUUUUGUCUGCAAAUUAUAGAUUUGAAGUGAUAGCGUUGAUUGAUGACAUAUUUAGAAGAAUCAUAAACGUAUACGUCCAUACAGGGGUUUUCAAAGAUUGUGCAUUCUUUACCAAUGAAUACCAAAGGGUUAUAUUGGCAUUAGAUAAUCCAACGACCACUUUUAACUUGUUCGCGUGUCUAUAUUCCUAUUACCAAUUAAUUGAUGAAUUCGAAUCUGCACAGACAUGCUUGAAAAAGUUGAACACAGUAUUUGAUCAAAUUGAUGGAAGCAUUAAUAUAGAUGCUUUAGGUCAGUUUUUGUAUUUGAACAAAGAGUAUGAGAAACUUGUAAACUCUAUGGAAUUAUUUUUCGAGGAGGAUGCUAGCAAAUCUGAAAUUACCGAUUAUUGGCUAUUGAAAACCGGCCAAACAUACACGAUCAAUAAUCACCGCAGAGAUUUCGAUUCGCUAGUAUGUAUGAAUAAUGCAAAGGACCUUUACAACAAAGUAAAGAAACAAUUGAAUGCUGAUUCAUUUUUUAAAAGUAUGCACGAAUCUGUCAUGACUAUACCAUCGUGUAACCAACAAAAUACCUUAUCAGAAGACGUAACAUCAGAUCCGAAAAGUCUGAAAGCGCCCCACUUCCUGAAAGGUUUAAAUGAUUCUCCGCGUCCUUCAUCUUUAACGCCCAGGGGGAAAUCCUCAACAAACAAGUCCUUUAACCGUGGAAAUGUUGUGAAUAAUUUACAGAUGAUGAUACGAUUCAUUCAAAAUGCAGACACAACUUCAUUAAAAAGUUACGAGGUGCGGGAAUUGGCGAACUUAUACUCUUUAACUUUGUCAAUUUUCUUUAAUAUAAGCACGAAAACAAAGUUAGAAGAUUACUUUAUUAGAAAUUUAGAGCUAAAAGACCGCCCAAGAUCAUUAUCUCUCUUCUAUGAGAAAUCUUUUUCUGACAUGGGUACAGAGAUAUAUGAAACUUUUAUUCCUGAUACUAUAAAAUCGGAUUACCAUGAAAUACCACAAUCGAAGAAUAUACAUUCUGAGUUUGGAAAAAAAUGGUCACAUCUUUCUUUUAGUGUGGUUGAGUUAGAUGUAUGCGAACUCACUGGGGAUCUUCUAAUAACCAGGUUUGACACAAUUCGUAACAAACACCUUCAUUUAAGGUUACCAUUGAACAGACACAAUUCAAGGGACCUCGGAGAAGACGUAUUAGAUUUUAAUAGCGCAUUAAAGGAAAUUGACGAUAUUAUCACAUCGAAUAAUAUGACAACAUCUGCGGACAUUACAUCAGCUAUUACUACAAAAGAACAAAGGAAAGGCUGGUGGGACGAGAGAUAUUCCUUGGAUACUAGACUUGGCGCUAUUUUAUCUAAAAUUGAGGAUUCUUGGUUUUGUGGUUUUAAAGGAAUAUUCAAUCCACAGGCGAUUGAUGAUGAGCAGUUUAAUGUAUUCAAAAAAGGUUUUGAAUCUAUUUUAUACUCACAGCUUCCAUCUCGCAAACUGCAAAGGCAAUCCGCGUCUUUCAUUCAAAUUGAUGAUAUGUUGAUUGAGUUGUUUGUUUUACUGGAUGUCAUAAAUCAGCCAACGGAGAAGGCUGUUAGUAUGAUGGAGGAUUUGAUAUAUUUUAUAUUUGAUGCUCUUUUAUUCCAUGGGGAGGAAAAUGCGUAUGAUGAGAUUGAUGUGAAUUUAAUACAUAUCAAAUUCGAAGAGUUAUUAGAAGAGUAUAAUGCGUCUAUCAUAGCAAAGGGGAGACAACAAACUGUAAAUCACACCUUUUUGAUAUUGGGUAACAAAUGUCAUUCCAUACCAUGGGAAUCAUUGAACUUUAUGAAAGACCUUUCUGUAAGCAGAGUCCCUUCUCUAGAAGUUCUUGAUCAAUUGUUAACGAAAAAUUCUGAAUUAGAGCCGGAGAUCGAUAUAUCAAGAAACCUAGCUUUCGUAUUGAAUCCAGGAAAUGACUUGAAUAGAUCGGAGAUGACAUUCGGCUCAGAUUUCAAAGCUUUAUCUGAAAAGACAACUGAAUCGAAGGCCUAUAUCGGAAAGGCACCGUCAUCGGACGAGUUCUACAAUGCAGUGGCUAAAUCAAAUCUUUUUGUGUAUAUUGGGCAUAGUGGAGGCGAGCAAUAUGUGAAGUUAAAGAAUUUGAGGAAGUGUCAACGCUUAGCACCCAGUCUUCUAUUUGGUUGCUCUUCGGCUCAUUUGAGAUAUUGCGGUUCAUUUGAAAGCAGUGGGACUGUAUACUCUUAUCUUCUUGGAGGAUCGCCCAUGGUUGUGGGAAAUCUUUGGGAUGUCACCGACAAGGAUACCGAUAAGCUAACAAUGGGCAUUUUUGAGAAAACUGGCCUUGUCCAAACCGAGAAGAGCAUCAAAGGCCACUCUAGUUUAAACGUAAGCGAAGCAAUAGCCCAAUCAAGGUCCCAGUGUAACAUGAAGUAUUUGAAUGGAGCGGCGAUGGUAGUGUAUGGACUACCAAUGAAGUUCACGAGAUCUAAAUAA